GGUCGAUACAGCCGUCCCACUACACACACUACAUAUAGACCCAUACACACACACUUAGAAAUUUACUUAAACCAAACAAAGCACAACCAUCUUGGUACAGCCAAAGAAAAAUGCCUCCAUCUACCACCAACACCACCACUCACUAUGACUCCUACCCACCAGUGUUCCGCCCAAAGAUCGCCUCAAUCCACCACUCAGCACCCACUUCACGCAACCCAUACUCAGACUCAGACCCACUACCAGUAAUCGACCUCCAAUGCCUGAACAAGAACAAACUAGCCGAGGCUUGCAGAGACUGGGGCAUAUUUCGAUUGGUGAACCAUGGUGUCCCAACAAAGCUGCUGAGCCAGCUUCAUGAGCAUGCCAAGGACCUUUUCUCUCUCUCCUUUGAGACCAAACAAAGGCAUGGUUUUGGAAGUCCUAUGUCUUACUUUUGGGGUACCCAUGGUUUAACCCCUAGUGGGGUGGCCAUUGAGAGGGGUCUCAAUAUUGCUACAAACAUUAACUGGGUCGAAGGUUUCAGUGUUCCUCUGACUCUACUGUCAAACCUUCUUGCUCAAAAGAAACUGUCACACCAGCUUCAAGAUCAUGGUGAUGAUGAUGAUUAUCCAAUGCUUGAUGCUUUCAGAACUGAGUUAGAUGAGUAUGGAAAGCACCAAUCAAGAUUGGCUACAACAAUUUUCAAAGCAAUAGCAGAGAACCUGGAGCUGGGUCGAGAACUGUCGGACUGUUAUCUAUCCACAUCGACUGGUAACAUGCGGGUUUACCGCUACCCACAAUGUUCGGAGGAGAACCGAGCAUGGGGGAUCGACGCCCACACUGACAGCUCAGUGAUAUCGAUACUGUACCAUGAUGAAGUCGGAGGUUUUGAAGUUUACAAGGAUGGUAAUUGGCUCCCAGUCAAACCUAUUCCCAACACUCUCGUCCUUCUCCUCGGUGAUAUGAUGCAGGCGAUGAGCAAUGAUAAAUACAAGAGUGUGAAACAUAAGGUGAAGAUAAACAAGUACGAGGAUCGAAUGUCAGCUGGUUACUUCGUGUUCCCUAAGGAAAACGGUGUGAUUCGGAGCUCAAACUACAAGCCUUUUUGUUACGCUGAAUUUCGAGCACAAGUUCAACAUGACUUAAAGACCGUUGGAUACAAAAUUGGUCUCGACCACUUCAAGCUUCACUGAUGACAAUGACACCCCUCUUCUAAUUACUUUACUACUAGUGUGCUUUUUUUUUUUCCCCUUUUUUUUCUUGGGUUAUUUUUGAAGUUCAAAAAACAUGUCAUGAUGUGUGGUGUGGGCAGACUCUAUUGUGAGUAGACAGUGAAAAAGAAUAUAAAAAUGGUGUGUCUCUAGUUUUAAUCUUGAAGAAAGAUGGCUAUUUUGUGUUUUUA